CCCCGUGGGGGUUCCGGAGGACACACCCGGUCGGCCCGUGGCAGAUGCGUCCGCUCGCUGCCCGACAAGAUGGAAGAGGCAGCGCUGGAAAGCUCUCACGCUUCCCCCGAGAAGCGCUACUUCCCCGAGUCCCUGGACUCCAGCGAUGGGGACGAGGAGGGCGGCCUGGCCUGUGAGGACCUGGAGCUCAACCCCUUUGAUGGGCUGCCGUACUCUUCGCGCUACUACAAGCUUCUGAAAGAGAGGGAAGAGCUGCCCAUCUGGAAGGAGAAGUACUCCUUUAUGGAGAACCUGCUGCAAAACCAAGUGGUCCUCAUCUCGGGGGACGCCAAGUGCGGCAAGAGCUCCCAGGUGCCCCAGUGGUGCGCCGAGUACUGCCUGUCCGUCCGCUACCAGCACGGGGGCGUGGUGUGCACGCAGGUCCACACGCAGACCGCCGUCCAGCUCGCCCUGCGGGUCGCAGAUGAGAUGGAUGUUAACAUUGGCCAUGAAGUUGGCUACGUGAUCCCCUUUGAGAACUGCUGUACCAGCGAGACCAUCCUGAGGUACUGCACGGACGACAUGCUGCAGAGGGAGAUGAUGUCCAGCCCCUUCCUGGGCAGCUACGGGGUGGUCGUCCUGGACGACGUGCAGGAGCGCAGCGUGGCCACUGACGUGCUGCUGGGGCUCCUCAAGGGCGUGCUGCUCGCGCGGCCGGAGCUGAAGCUGGUCAUCAACGCCUGCCCGCACCUGGCCGGCGGGCUCGGCGCGUACUAUGGGCACGUGCCGCUGGUCGAGGUGCGGCACGGGCGCCCCGUGGAGGUGGUGCACUUCAGCGGGGCCCAGCAGUGGCCCCUGGAGUCCCUUUCGCGCCUCGUCCUGGAAAUCCACCACUCGGGGGAGCCAGGCGACAUCGUCAUCUUUAUGGCCGGCGAACAAGACAUCGAGAAGGCCUAUCAGGAGGUCUGUCAGGAGGGCGCCAACAUAAACCCGGAUGCCGGGGAGCUGGCGGUGAUCCCCCUGUACCCCAGAGAGAGGUGCGCCCUGUUCAAGCCCCAGGACGACGCGGAGACGCGGUGGCAGGCCUCCCCGCGCAAGGUGGUGGUGACGGCCAGCUCCGGGGAGGCACUCAUCUGCAGCAAGACCGUCAGAUUCGUCAUCGACGUGGGCAUGGAGAGGAGAAAGGUGUACAACCCGCGGAUCAGAGCCAACUCCCUGGUGCUGCAGCCCAUCAGCCAGAGCCAGGCGGAGACCCGCAAGCAGAUUGUCGGCGCCUGGGGUUCAGGAAAACUCUUCCGCAUGUAUUCUGAGGAAUUUGCGUCCAAAGUCAUGCAGCCCCUGAAGCCGGCAGAGAUGCAGGAAGCCAACCUCACCAGCAUGGUGCUGUUCAUGAAGAGGAUCGACAUCGCGGGGCUCGGCCACUGCGACUUCAUGAACAGACCAGCCCCAGAAAGCCUGAUGCAGGCUCUGGAAGACUUGGACUACCUGGCCGCGCUGGACAACGACGGGAAUCUCUCUGAACUUGGGAUCAUCAUGUCGGAGUUUCCUCUCGACCCACAGCUCUCAAAGUCCAUCUUAGCGUCCUGUGAGUUUGACUGUGUGGACGAAAUGCUGACGAUCGCCGCCAUGGUGACAGGUACGGCCUGCGCGCUGGCCAGUCCGCUGUGGGCCGAGACGCACUGCUGGGCUGUCAGCCGUCACGUGACCGGGAGCGAUUCGUUUAGCUUUUUCAACAUUUACAAGGCCUACCAAGACACGGCUCUGGGGCCCACCAGUGAGCGUGAGUGCACACCCCCCCGGGGCCACAGGUGCCUGACAGCGUGUCCCUCACGGAGGUCCAGGAAAACCCCUUGGCUCAUUUUCUCGGUCUGACGUGAAAACGUGCGGGAGUUAGUUGUAGUUUCAGCUCUUCCGCAUGAAGCGCUUGGACCUGCUGAGUUCUGUCUUGACCACCACACCGCGCUCUGCAUCACACUCUGCCCGCAGAUCGCCCGGGACGUCGACGGCGCGGGGAACUACCUGAUGCUGACGCACAAGCAGGUGGCCCAGCUGCACCCCCUGUCCAGCUACUCCCUCGCCAGGAAGAGGCCCGAGUGGGUGCUCUUCCACAGCUUCAGCAUAUCUGAGAACAACUACAUCAGGGUCGCCUCGGAGGUCUCUCCCGAAAUGUUCGUGCAGCUGGCGCCCCAGUACUACUUCAGCAACCUGCCGCCCAGCGAGAGCAAGGACAUCCUGCAGCAGGCCAUGGACCGGCUCUCCGCCCUCGCGGCCGCGAGCGCCGAGCAGAAGGAAGGCGAGCAGGGCCCCGAGGCCGCCGAGCAGAGGUGCGUCCUCCAGUGACCGCCGCCGUCCGCUGCGGCCAGCGCCGGCCACCUCGGGAGGGUCCCCGGGGACGCACCGUCACUGUGGAGGAGGGCGGCAUCCCGCAGGGAUCCUGGAAAGUAACGCUUGCAUAGUAUUUAAAAAUAAGAAAUAGAAGUUUUUAUUGAGUUCUUUACAUUACUGUUCAUGUUUUUCUUUUUAUUGAAGAGUUUUUAAUCAAACAUUCAUAAUUUGAACAAAUGAAAGUAUUUUGUAACGUGUCACAGACACAGGUGACAGACCCUACGUUUUGUAGAGGACCUUAAUCUGAAUAAAGCCAUGAGUUUUCCAG